AUGUAUUCAAGUUGUAACCGUCAUCAUUGGGAACUGUUUCAGGCCUCAGAGAACAAAGGCUUCGAUCAAGUUGGUGUGAAUCGUCCAGUUGAAGAUCGAUGGAUGGCAUCCCAUUUUGGUGGAGGUGAUUUAGACUGUCUUAGUCUUUAUGAUUUCAAGCAGUUAGAUACCGAAGAAUCAGCUUAUGGUGGUACAUUAUUUACCGUGGUUGAUGGACAUGGUGGACAUGCUUGUGCACAUGCAGUUAAUUUACUGCAUAGUGAUUAUGUCAUCUGUGGUCUUUUACCUCCUGAGGUAUCUGAAUUUGCUCUACGAAAUCUUCAUCAAAUUCACGAAUCUCAUAGCCCUCGUUCAAUUUGUGAGUUAGCAGUAACAUUAUGGAUGACAUCUGGUGCAGUAGUUACCGGAGAAUCAGAACGCAUAGGGUUUAACUUGAACGCAAACAAGGAUUUUAGAUUUUCUAACUUAAAUUUGCAUUCUAUCUAUAAUCAAACUAAAGUCAGAUGGGGCCCUUGGGGACCGUGGGGCCCUCUUCCGCUCUCUGUGCGGAAUGUGCAUGUUGGACACAUUCGUAAGUUUCUUGAAGAACAGCUAUCUACGUGUGAUGAAAGAGGUGAGUCACAAUUCAUAUUCUUAAGUUCAUGGCUUUCUUUGCUUUAAUUCGUAUCAUAACUAGUUUCUGCUUAUCAGAGAUUACUGACUUAUGAAUUCACAUAGCUAAGUUCCUUUAAAUUCAUCCUUUUUCCAAAGGGUAUUUCGAUCGUAUGUUACUUUGGGUUGAUGUUAUCCGUACCAUUAAAAUCUCAUUUUACUGAAAUCUGGACUUUUUAAGUAUAA